AUGGUAUAGGUGCAGCGUGCGGUCGCCUGCUUUGUAUCAAUAACAAACAUAUAAUAUUGAAUAAAUAAUAUCCUGAAGAGCGUCUCUGUUUAUAUGUGUCGUCAGUAACACGUCGUAGAAGAUCUAUCUCUCUCUCUCGCUCGCUUUAUUUAUCAUUCACGCAAAGUUAUGCACUCGUCACAAGACCAACUGGUUCUUCGUCCAGCGUCAGCAGCAUCGCCGGCCUAAGACGACUCUUUGCACUUUUCAGUGAUUUUCCAUUCAUACAAGCCGAGGGGCCGCGUGCAAACUGAAAUAACACCGUUAAUCAACGAGAUCGAUCGGUGUGCAGCAUUGCUAUGGCUUUUGACGAAAAACAACCCUUGAUCGAGGACAACUCGGCAGAGUCGUCCGCGCAGACCGCCCCUGACACACCUGCGAAAACCGCGACCACCGGUCUGACCAAACGGCAGUGGCUCACGGUGGUCGUUUUCGGCAUCGCCAAUUUCAUCGCCGCUCUUUGUAUUUCGCUGCAGGCGCCGUUUUACCCGGAAGAGGCAGAGGCGAAAGGUGCAAGUGCAACUGAAUAUGGUUUCGUUUUUGGGAUUUAUGAGCUCACGUCAUUCAUUAGCUGCCCUAUAUUUGGCGUUUAUUUGCCCAAACUGGGUCCAAGAUUUGUGUACAACGCAGGAAUAUUUGUAACAGCCGGCAGCUGCAUUCUAUUUGGGGUCUUGGACCUUGUGAGGCAGCAUGUGUCUUUCCUCGCUCUCUCGUUCGCCGUCAGGGUGGUCGAAGCCCUCGGAUCAGCGGGCACCCUGACUGCCACAUUCGCUAUCAUCGCCGCCGAGUUUCCCCAAUCCGUCGCCACCACAUUUGCAUCGUUGGAAACGUUUUUCGGCCUUGGCCUGAUCGUCGGCCCGACAAUAGGCGGCCUGCUAUACCAGAUAGGAGGGUUCCUGUUGCCUUUUUUGGUAACAGGCCUAGUCCUGCUGGUCGGCGGCAUCGUUUCUGUGAUUCUUUUGCCCAGUGAAGACGGGUGCACGCAAUUAGCAGCUGCAAAUGCAGUUGCGACCAGAAAUUCUGGGUUAAUUGCGAUUCUUAAAGUUCCUUCAGUUUCUCUAUCCGCAGUUUCGAUUGUAGUUUCCUCAAUGAGUAUAGGUUUCAUUUCUGCCACUUUGGAACCUCACUUAAGACAAUUUGGGCUUAGUCCGGUUCUAAUGGGCGUCAUGUUCAUUGUAAGUGGAGGGAUGUACGCCCUGAUAGCACCUUUUGCAGGGUACCUUUGUGACAAAGGAGUUGGCCCGAAGGUUUUGGCCUCGAUUGGAAAUGUGUGCGUCGCAUCCUCAUAUAUGCUAGUCGGACCGGCCCCAUUUUUUCCAAUAAACACAAUAUUGUGGAUGGUGAUUAUUGGUCUGUUGAUUCACGGCACGGGCAUUGGUUUGCUGCUGGUUUCGGCUUUCAUUGACGCUCUCCACUCAGCCACAAAGAACGGAUUUCCAGACGACAUAUCCACUUAUGCAAUUGUGUCUGGCCUGUGGGCCUCUGCCUUUGCCUUGGGGGCAUUCAUUGGGCCUUCUAUUGGCGGCGUAAUGUUGGACUUUGUAGGCUUCCGAUGGGGCUCCCUUGUAAUCGUCUCCAUCCACAUAAUUUCAUUUUUCGCACAUUUGAUUUUCUUGAGAGUGGAAUCUCGUCAACCCAGAUAUACAGAAAUAAUCACCGAGGAAUUUCAUCCACUUCUUGGAGGGUCGCAUCACAUUAAAGCAUAAAACAUGGCAUAAUUGUUAAUAAUACAAAAAUCUGUGAGAUAAAUUUUAUUUAUAUCUGUUUCAAAUAGACUGCAAAGAUUUCAAUCAUAAUUGUUGAGAGUAUGUGUUAUAUAUUUACUGGCGUGUAAUUUGUAACGCUUGAACUCAUUAAACCGUCUCUAUAAAC